UGGAGCAAACCACAUGAAGAUUCUUUAUCCAUCAGCAGCACACACUGAGGGUUCUGCAGACCAAGAACUGCAAAACUCUGUAGCUUGCAAAGAAUCAUCAGCAACUCUGAGGUUUUAAAAGAUUUUCAAAGCAUUUCCAGUCUUAGAGUCCACUGUCAACAAACGGUAAAAUUUUGAGGUUGGUUUGCAAUACCUGAGUUACUUUGAGGCUAGUUGCCGCGGGCAGUGCAGCCUGCACAGUGCUUUGAUCACAAAUAUGGAGGAAUUGAAGGAGGUCUGUACAGCUUACAGUUGUAAGAACCUGCAGUUCUGCUGGUGAGGCUGGGGAGGUUCAUGUUGUUUCAAAUGUCUUGCACCCCAAGACUGAAAACUGCAAUUCAACCCUAACAAAAACCCUGUUGUGAUUAAGCCCCUAAGGCAACGAUUUAAUCUAGAAUCUUAGUGCAUUCAAAAAGCUGGAUCUGUCUUUCAGCCCCCUGAAAGUCAAGUCUUUCUGUACAGAUUCAGAGGGCAUGGACAAGUUUUAAAAGAAAUCCUCGCAGGGUGUUGCAGUCUGGUUUUCAAGCAAAAACCCAGUGGAAUGCAAAACUGUGGUGGAAACCAGCCUUUAGAAAACCUGGUCCAAAAAGUGAACAUGCUCAACUUUAAAGCUCUGUCUGAAAAGGCAUCGCAACACAUUGACAGACAUAGAGGCAUCACAACACGUUGGCAGCCUUACAGCAACAUUUGGCAAUCUACGUUGACCGGAGUCUGUUGGUUACCACAAUCUUGAAACUUCUUAUAGGACGUCCUCAUGACAGGCACUGGGAGCAAGAGGUGGACAAGGAGAAGACAAACUACUUUGCCCGAUGCAGCUGAUGAAUUUACACAGUGAAAAAGCCACCUGUUCGUCUUUGACUCAUUCAACAAAGAAGUCACGUCAAAUACUAACUUGAAAAAUUCCUGAACUGAGCUGCGUCAACAACCAUGGACAACUUCAUGGCACCGCUGAGCGCCAUCGGCGACCUCACACUUCAGCACAGCAAAGCAAAGUUCCUGCACAGCAGAGUGAGCGGACCCUCCCGGCGCAAACGGGAGUUCAUGCCAGAUGAGAAGAAGGACAACAUGUACUGGGAGAAGAGACGCAAGAACAACGAGGCGGCAAAACGCUCGCGGGAGAAGAGGCGACUCAAUGACUUCGCCAUGGAGAGCCAGCUGGCCGCGCUCAGCGAGGAAAAUGCCAUCCUCAGGACGGAGCUGCUGGCCCUCAAACUGCGCUUUGGGCUCAUCAGCCCCGAUGCCAGCACCCAGCAGGGCCGCUCCCUGCAGGACUUCCUAGGGAUUUAUUUCCAAGGGCACAAAGGGCUCUCGCCGUUCCCUGAAGCAGAGCCCUUUGCUGGGGGUUCCCGCCUCUUCACAAAGAGCUUUGUGCCGAAGGUGCUGGAGCCGGCCGACUUUUCAUGCAAAACCUUUAACCCAUCUAGAAACUUCCUUGGCUGUGACUCAAAGCCAGUUUCUAUGGACACACCUGGCCUUCACCAACCAAAGAGGCUCGAUUCAGCCUUCAGACCCACAGUUUGCUCUCCUUUCCUCGAUUUCCACUGCCCAGACAAACAUGUGUUCCAUUUGCCUUUCCCAGGCAGUGCCUGCUUCUCAUCCCCUUGUCCUGGUCUGGCAGAGAUGAGCAAGGAAAGCACCACGACUGUCUCAGAUGAAGAUGAUGAGCAGCAAGUGCCCAAAACUUCUCCUCCACCCCCAUGUAGCUUGCCCUCCCCUUCAGAAGAUCACACAAAGGGCCGAAGCUCUUCAGCUCUGCCUCACAAACUCCGGAUUAAGACCAAAGCCCUCGGAGGACAGUGACCAUGGAUCCCUCUGUGGGAGCAGAGACAACCUCUCUGGGAGCAGACAUGGUAUAUUCCAAUCACAUGAAGUGUUUGGAAGGAGGGGUGGGAGGGAAAUGUCUUUAAAGAAGGAAGUAAUUUUUUCCCUUUGGCAUAAAUGCUGAGGGAAGUUAUAGGGCUGGGCUGCAUCACUACAGCACAACUGCAGUUGGCCAUGAUGUCAGUCUUGCUGCGAUGGACCUGCCAGACCCCAUGGCUGCUGGUAAGCUUCAGUUUCACCUGGUUGCUCUACUUGCCAACCAAACAAAAACUUCAUAGCAUCACAGAAUGGGUUGGAGGGGACCUUAAAGAUCAUCUCGUUCCAAGACCCAGCUGUGGGCUGGGUGCCCCCCACCAGAUCAGGCUGCUCAGGAUCCCAUCCAACCUUGAAGUGUGAAGGGAUGAGGGGCAGGAAGAGGCAAAGAGGUGGUGCCCACACCAUGAAACACAAUAGUGGCUCCACACCACUGCUACAGCUGCUGGGUGUGACCACCAUUUUAAUUCCCUUUGCUUUGUCAUCACCUCCAUCUUCACAAACGGGGAUGGAAAUCUAAUUGUUUAACACUGGAAAUUGUGGAUGGAAAGAGUUUCAUACCCUCCAGCUGUCUGGAGCAAGAAAAAGGAAUAGCAAUAAGAAGGCAGCAGAUUCACACUGGCAUGAACUGAGAGCAGAACCUGGUCCAUUUCAUCCUCACUUUGUCGUAAUUUAUCUUCAGAGGGAAUGAACUCUUUUUCUCUUUGACUGGAGACAGCGUGGUCCAUAAGAUACAUUUAUUUCCAUUUAUUUUCAUAACAGCUAUUUUGGAGGACUAUUAUUAUUUUUUGUUUCACUGAAAAGUGAAACUUUUUAUCUUCAUCCUACUUCUUUCCGUGUAAAUAAGGCAUUUACAGAAAUAAUACUUCCGUAUUUGAAAAUUGCUUUUAUAAAACAUUCUAUUAACUUUAGAUGAAUUUUCCAAUCCAUUUUCUUAUUUUGAAAUUAAUUACUUACAAAAUAAAACCGCAAUGUGGCACACUGUUCUCACUGAAACAUCUGUGGGAUGAGGACAAUUGUCAAGCAUUUUUCUAGAAAGCAUUUUAUAGAUAAUGAAUAAAUGCACCAAUUAGAAGAGUGUAAAAGGAAGAACAAUGAUACGUGAAAUGGGGUGUAAAAAUCCCUCACGUUGGCUCAGAACUGAGGGCCCUUAUUGCUGGGAGCAGCUGGGAAUGUUCAGCCUGGAAAAGAGGGGAUUCAGCUGAGGGUGAUCUGAUCAAUGUUUCUAAAUGUCUGCGUCAUAGAAUCACGGAAUCACUAAGGUUGGA